GGGUUUUCUUGCGUGACUUGCCGAACCUGCAAUUCCAUUGGUCAAUCUCUUUCUCUGGUUUAUUGGUUUAUGUUCUCUUUGCAACUCUGCAAUUCCAUUGGUUGAUCUCUUUUUUUGUCUAUUUUUCAACGUCACUGAGUUGGAUAUCCUUUAAUGUAUUGCAGCUCUGCAAUUCCAUUGGUUGACCUCUUUUGUUUGUUUAGUUUAACGUCAGCUAGAUUUCCUUCAAUUUAUUGCAGCUCGGCAAUUCCACUGGUUGAUCUUUUUCUUUUGGUUUAUUUUUCAAUCAACGCCAGUUGGAUUUCCUUCUAUUUCAGCCGAGCCUGCGAUUCCAUUGGCUGACCUCUUUCUUUUUUGUUUAUUGGAUUAUCUCCUAUUUGUUACAGUGCAAUUCCAUUGGUUGAUCUCCCUGUUUUGUUUACUUUCCAAUGUUAAAUGAAUCUCCUCCCAUUUUCAGGUCUGCAAUUUCAUUGGUUGUCGCCAACUUGUCGCUUAUCCUUCGCAACGUUUUGUUUAUUUAGUGACGAAGGUAACACAACAAAUAUCGAUAUCCCACGUUUUUCUUGCGCCUCGUCUUGUCCAAUUUCAUGCGAUUUGGUCCAUGCACGUACUUGCUUAGCAACAAAGCUGCGACAAAACAAAACAACGACAAAAUUGCAUGGUCAGUUUGUUUUUGAGACCGUUUUAACGGUCAGGAAAUGCUUUUGGCUGUGAAUUCUGACGAGCAAGUACUAAAGAGAAAAUUAUGGACGCAAUUUCGACCAUUACCUACACAAUAUAAUAACAAAAACCCAGAUAAAAGAGCCCUUGUAUUGCAUGUCAUCACUUCAAAAACCAAUUCUUCAUUCUACCCUCGGCUGAGAAUCGCGAAGUUUUUAAUUUUUUCUUAUACCCCUUACUCUUUAGGUCAUAAGAGUGACCAAAUCAAGUUUCUUCCUAGGCCUAACGAUGUCAGUGCAUUAUCAAAAGAAAAGGUUGAGAGAACAUAUAACAUGAUCGCUCAAGGGAAAAUUUUUUGACCUUUCAUCAAAUUCUCUCGACUAAUUUGGAUUGUGGAUUAGGGCCAGACUCUUACCCAGUCGCUUCUCUGUAUGCGCUGUGAUUGAUGGGAAGGAUUAACGAGUUCGCGGUGCAGUUCAUAAAAGUAUUGGAGACAAUGGAUGGACUUAAAGGCGGAGCCUCACCAUAUUAAAUUUUGUUGAGUGCCUCCACGUGGCAACUUGUCAGAUAUUUGGUUGGUCUUAUCUUUUCGAUUCCUUUUAAGGUGGACGCAAAUACAGGAGUACUCUCUGUCCAACACUUAUUUGAUACUCGUGGGGAACAAAUGCGAUAUGGAAAAGGACAGAGCUGUGACUUAUGAAAAAGAAAAGCGACUUACUGAGCAAACUGGACUUGAAUUCUUUGAGACCAGCGCUAAGGACAAUGUCAGCGUACUUCGGGUGUUUGAGCGUCUAGUUGAACUUAUGAUGAGUGACGCAAAUAAUGACAAUAACAAGGAUCGUUACAAAAUGCUAAAAUGCUGGCGACUUGCAGCCCAAAAAUUAACUACAAAUGGCGACAAAAUUAUUGAGACACCGUGGUAA